AUAUUUAUCGACGAUAUUAUUAUCUUUAGCGAUACUAUAGAUAAGUAUACUAAGCACUUAGAAACUAUCUUUAGCUUCUUUAAGAAGAAGAACAUCUCUAUUACCCUAGCUAAAUCGUAUAUUGUAUACCCUAGUGUAGAGCUACUUAAUUUCUACGUUAAUAGAUUUAGACUUACUAAUAUAGAGCACUAUAUUGCCGCCUUUAGGAACCUCGCCUUUCCGAAUAACUUAAAGGCUGUAGAGCAGUAUAUUAGCGUAUUAGAAUUCCUUUGUCACCUAAUCCUAUACUAUACUUAG